AUGGCCCCGACUAUUGUCUUCAUCACCGGUGCCAAUCGCGGCUUGGGCCUAGGGCUUGUCAAUAGUUUCAUUGCUAAACCGAACCAUGCAAUUUUCUCAUUUCCUGCCGUCCGUGACCCAGCGCACUCGACCGCCCAGAUACUUGUUGGGCUCCCCGGAGGCCAGGGUAGUCGUGUUAUAGUAGCCAAGUAUGAAGCGGGGACUGAGCAGUCUGCCUUUGAUGCGGUCAAAGAAGCAAUCAAUCAGGAAAUCAGCCACCUCGACAUCGUUGUCGCUAAUGCUGGCAUUGCCAAAUUGUAUCCACUCGUCAAGGAUGUCAAGCGGGCCGAUAUAGUCGAGCAUAUUGAUGUCAACGUCUUAAGUGCCGUGUCGUUGUACCAAGCUACACGCGAUCUGCUGCAGAAGUCAACUGGAAAGCCGAUCUAUGCCAUUAUGGGAUCUGGAGCCGGUGUUCUCGCACGCCAACCUCCUGUCCCAAGUGCGGCGUAUGAUGCAUCCAAAUCUAUCAUCAACUGGUAUGGUGUUCGGAUCAACGCCGAGGAUGAGUGGCUUAAUGCGUUUGUUUUGGAUCCCGGCUGGGUGCAGACCGACAUGGGCAAUGAAGCUGCGCGGGGUUGGGGGUUGGAGGAGGCGCCUGACACCCUCGAGAAGUCCAUUACUGGGAUGGUUGAGGUUCUAUGCAAGGGAACUAAGGAACAGUAUGGUGGCAAGCUCGUGCUCUACUCAGGUGAGGUUCAGCAAUGGUGA